UUAACUAAAAUAAACCAGUCUUUCCGGCUAGAAUAUGGUCUUCUCAAGGGCAGGGACUCUGUUUUGUGCCCUCCAGUGACUUGAACAUUACCUGAACAGGUAUGUGCCCUGUAAGCACUUGUGAAAAAGAAGAAGAGGAGAAAGCAGAGGAGGGAGAAUGAAGACUCUUGCAGCCUCUUCAAAUGUAGGAAACCGAGUUGGGCAGCCAUGGAGUGGGACAAUGGCACAGGUCAGGCUCUGGGCUUGCCACCCACCACCUGUGUCUACCGGGAGAACUUCAAGAGACUGCUGCUGCCCGCAGUGUACUCGGUGGUGCUGGCAGCUGGCCUGCCACUGAACAUCUGCGUCAUUGUCCAGAUUUGCACAUCCCACCGAGCCCUGACCCGCACGGCUGUGUACACCCUAAACCUGGCCCUGGCUGACCUGCUGUAUGGCUGCUCCUUGCCCCUGCUCAUCUACAACUAUGCCCAAGGUGACCACUGGCCCUUCGGUGAUCUCGCCUGCCGCCUGGUGCGCUUCCUCUUCUACUCCAACCUGCACGGCAGCAUCCUCUUCCUCACCUGUAUCAGCUUCCAGCGCUACUUGGGCAUCUGCCACCCGCUGGCUCCCUGGCACAAGCGUGGGGGCCGCCGGACUGCCUGGCUAGUGUGUGUAGCUGUGUGGGUCACUGUGACAGCCCAGUGCCUGCCCACAGCUGUCUUUGCCACCACAGGCAUCCAGCGUAACCGCACUGUCUGCUAUGACCUGAGCCCACCUGCCCUGGCCACCCACUACAUGCCCUAUGGCAUGGCCCUUACGGUCAUCGGCUUCCUGCUGCCCUUUGCCGCCCUGCUGGCCUGCUACUGUCGCCUGGCUCGCCACCUAUGCCGCCAGGAUGGCCCAGCAGGGCCUGUGGCCCAGGAGCGGCGUACUAAGGCAGCCCGCAUGGCUGUGGUCGUGGCAGCCGCCUUUGCCAUCAGCUUCCUGCCUUUCCACGUCACCAAGACAGCCUACCUGGCAGUUCGCUCUACACCAGGUGUCCCCUGCCCUGUGCUGGAGGCCUUUGCAGCUGCCUACAAAGUCACGCGGCCCUUUGCCAGUGCCAACAGCAUGCUGGACCCCAUCCUCUUCUACUUCACCCAGAAGAAGUUCCGCCAGCGACCACAUGAGCUAUUACAGAAACUCAUAGCCAAGUGGCAGAGGCAGGGUCGUUGAGUCCACUGGGGCAGGACACUGAGGGCCUGGGUGGCUACUAUGUUCACCAUCGAGGCCAGUGUACCAAAAGUCCGAGCUCAGCGCAGCUGGGCAUGGAGUUAGUUCCCUCACAGAUCCCAGAAUCUCACCACCUCCUUAUCAAGCCCUUUCUCUGGACCAGGCUCUAUAGGCACAGAGACAAACAGGCCUGGGUCUGGCUCUUGGGAAGCCGCUAAUCAGCCAUGGAGAGUUGGAGAAACUAUGUUAAGCUGCUCACAAAAAUAUAGUGUGACAUGUAAACAAGAGGUAUGCUACAUGCUUUGGAAUCACCAAUAAAGCAGGUGAGGGAAGAUGAGAAGAGGAAAUGAGAGCUUCUGGGAAAGGGCAUUUGAGCUGGGUUUUGAGGGAUGACUAUGAGUUCUUGGGGGUGGAGAGAGUGAUAUUCCAUUUAUUCAGUAAACUGCUCAGGCCUGGGUUGGCUCUGGUGCCUCAGCCCCUCACAGUUGCUGGAUGUAUAGACUAACACAUCAUCAGGGCUGUGACAGAGGAAAGCACAGCUGAGGGAGGGGCAUACCCACAGGGUGUCAGGAAAGACCUCUUUAAGGAGGGAGCAUCUGGGUGGCGCCUGUGGCUCAGUGAGUAGGGCACCGGCCCCAUAUGCCGAGGGUGGCAGGUUCAAACCCAGCCCCAGCCAAACUGCAACAAACUAAAAAAUAGCCGGGCGUUGUGGCGGGCGCCUAUAGUACCAGCUGCUCGGGAGGCUGAGGCAAGAGAAUCGUGUAAGCCCAAGAGUU